AUGGAGAAUAACGCUCCUGGAGCCUUAAUCAGUUCCCUCACUGCGUUUGACCCUGACCUCCAUGAAAACCAGUAUCUAGUCUAUUUCAUCCUGGAGAAGGAGAUAGCCAAUACCUCCAUAUCCAUGCUGUUCUCCAUCAAUCCAGAGAAUGGUAAUCUUUACGCACUAAAAACCUUUGACUAUGAGAUCGAGAAUGAGUUUCUUUUCCACAUCGAGGCCAGAGACUCUGGCUCUCCUCCGCUCAGCAGCAACGUGACGGUCCACAUCAUUAUAGUGGACCAGAACGACAACGCUCCGGUCAUUGUCUCUCCGUGGCGCGCGCAGGGCUCAGUGGUGGAGGAAACGAUCCCCAGAUCCACCGACAAAGGCUCUCUGGUUGCCAAGGUGAUAGCUUUAGACACCGACUCGGUGCACAACUCUCGGAUUACCUACCAGUUUCUACAAGUGACCGACGCCACCUUGUUCAGUCUGGAUCAAUACAACGGGGAGAUCCGGACUAUGAGGAUGUUCAGUUACAGAGACCCGCGUCACCAGCGCCUGAUUGUUGUUGCCAAGGACAACGGGGAGCCCGCCCUCUCUGCUACAGUCACCAUCAAGCUGUCCACAUUGGAGACCGCCGUUAAUAAGGCCUACUCUGACAUGACUGAGGUGCCUCUGGAAUACGACAUCUUCUCAGACCUGAACCUGUACUUGGUCAUCGGUCUGGGCUCGGUGUCGUUUCUCCUGCUGAUCACCAUACUGGUCACCAUCGUGCUCAAGUGUCAGAAACCCAAACCCAGCAAAGCGGCUCCUCCGUGCAGGAACAGUGUGCUCAGUGAGAGGAACUCCACCAUCGCAGACUCCACUCUGGUCUCCAACGAUGCGUACUGGUACAGUAUGUUUCUAGCAGAGACCAGGAAAGGAAAGAUGGUGGUUAGACAGCCUGUGCCAAAGGGCUCCAGAUACAUCGUGUCCAGUAUACCACGAGGCACAGGACUGACAGACACUAGUGACUCAGCAGCUUCCACUCUGCAGUUCCCUCAGUCGUUUUAUACAAUACGCGUAAUGGAGAAUAACGCACCUGGAGCCUUGCUCAGUUCCCUCACAGCGUUUGACCCUGACCUCCAUGAAAACCAGUAUCUAGUCUAUUUCAUCCUGGAGAAGGAGAUAGCCAAUACCUCCAUGUCCAUGCUGUUCUCCAUCAAUCCAGAGAACGGUAAUCUUUACGCACUAAAAACCUUUGACUAUGAGAUCGAGAAUGAGUUUCUUUUCCACAUCGAGGCCAGAGACUCUGGCUCUCCUCCGCUCAGCAGCAACGUGACGGUCCACAUCAUUAUAGUGGACCAGAACGACAACGCUCCGGUCAUUGUCUCUCCGUGGCGCGCGCAGGGCUCAGUGGUGGAGGAAACGAUCCCCAGAUCCACCGACAAAGGCUCUCUGGUUGCCAAGGUGAUAGCUUUAGACACCGACUCGGUGCACAACUCUCGGAUUACCUACCAGUUUCUACAAGUGACCGACGCCACCUUGUUCAGUCUGGAUCAAUACAACGGGGAGAUCCGGACUAUGAGGAUGUUCAGUUACAGAGACCCGCGUCACCAGCGCCUGAUUGUUGUUGCCAAGGACAACGGGGAGCCUGCCCUCUCUGCUACAGUCACCAUCAAGCUGUCCACAUUGGAGACCGCCGUUAAUAAGGCCUACUCUGACAUGACUGAGGUGCCUCUGGAAUACGACAUCUUCUCAGACCUGAACCUGUACUUGGUCAUCGGUCUGGGCUCGGUGUCGUUUCUCCUGCUGAUCACCAUACUGGUCACCAUCGUGCUCAAGUGUCAGAAACCCAAACCCAGCAAAGCGGCUCCUCCGUGCAGGAACAGUGUGCUCAGUGAGAGGAACUCCACCAUCGCAGACUCCACUCUGGUCUCCAACGAUGCGUACUGGUACAGUAUGUUUCUAGCAGAGACCAGGAAAGGAAAGAUGGUGGUUAGACAGCCUGCGCCAAAGGGCUCCAGAUACAUCGUGUCCAGUAUACCACGAGGCACAGGACUAACAGACACUAGUGACUCAGCAGCUUCCACACUGCAGGUGAGUAUCUAA